ACAUCAUUCUACAGAUAGACGAUCUUUGGUCACAAACGCUGCUCCAGAAACAUGGCAGACAACGCGGUUAAACGUGAAGCGGAUAGUAUUGAAACUGAUGAAUUAUCUCAGAAAGUAAAGCGGGCGAAGGCUGACCAGGAGAAUGGUCGAGGAGAAGCUGGAAAGGAGCCUGAGUCAGAGAGUAUCCUGUCUGGGUUUAAAACAUCCAACAUCUUGCGUGAUUCUGCCCGGGAGAAGAACAUCUUUGUCCAUGGAAAGUUGGCAGAUCAGGAUGCUGUGGUCAUUCUGGAGAAGACUCCCAUCAGAGAAGACAACCUGCCUGAGAUCUUCAGUGGUUCCAGGCUGAAGCUGGAGAUGAAAAACGACAUCUACAGCACAUAUCGCCUGCAGGUUCCUCCUCACCUCAAUGAGAUUAAGACCACAGUGGUGUGUCCAGCCACAGAGAAGCAUGUAAAGAAAUACCAGCGUCAGGAUUCUUUUCUGGUCGAGGAGACGGGGAAGGACUAUCAGUCCAUCACUCUGCCCUACAUUCAGAAGCAGAGUUUCAGCGUGCAAUGGGUGUACAACAUCCUGGAGAAGAAGGCAGAGGCUGAUAGGAUAGUUUACGAAGAUCCGGACCCAAAGGUGGGCUUUGUCCUCCUCCCUGAUUUCAAAUGGGACCAAAAACAGGUCGACGAUCUGUACCUGAUUGCCAUAGUACAUCAGAGGGACAUCAAGAGUCUGAGAGACCUGACAUCAGAGCAUACGCCACUGCUGCAGAACAUCUUCCAGAAAGGAAAGGAGGCCAUCCUGCAGCGCUACAACCUCCCAGCCAGUCAGCUGAGAGUCUACCUGCACUACCAGCCGUCCUACUACCACCUCCACGUCCACUUCACUAAGCUGGGCUACGAGGCUCCAGGCUGUAGUGUGGAGCGCGCCCACCUCCUCUCAGACGUCAUCCAGAACCUCCAGUCUGACCCCGACUACUACAAAAACCGGACACUGUACUUCCCCCUGAGGGCAGACGACGGACUGCUCAGCAAGUUCAAGGAGGCAGGAAGGCUGUAACGUAACUCAUGCACUUAGUCCCCACAUUACUAGAUUUCCAUCCAAACUGUUUUUUUUUUUUUUAGAGUGCCAGACAAAAUCCAAGCAUCUUUUUUGUGGUUUUGUUUUUUAUCAAUUUGUUCAACAAAGGGAUUUCCCCUCUUUCAGCAGCAACUGUACUAGCCAGUUAGCUGUAUCCUCCUAUCAAAACACAUGUGUACAAAGUGAUUCUUUAGCUAUAAAAGAGAUUUUUCUAUCAGUGGCAUCAGAUGAUAUAUUUUGGAGAAUUUCAAAUCUCCACUAAUUGAUAAUCACACAUCAUUUGUACGUGUUUCAGUUGGACCAGCCACCAUUUUUUAAAACAAUUUUUAUAUUUGACAUGCUUUCAUUACGAGGAGGAAAGAAGGAAGGGGUAAGUGUGACUCGCGUCAAAUCAGUGGAUAAAACAUUUUUAAUAAUGUUGUCUAAUGUUUUGUAUAUGUUAUCUGAAUGUUGCUGAUUACAUUAAAUAGAUUUUUCUACUCA